AAAUGGGAUUGAAAGCUGAUGGUACAGACUCAUAAUCAGGAAGUAACAAGUUAUAUGAACGUAGACAAGUGUUAUCAGCCAAUGUUAAGAUGAUAGUGCAGAUUGGUAUGGAACUGAAGGGUUGGACAAACUUUUUCUACCUCUUAGUAAUGUACAACAUUUUCUGCAAUGUAUCAUCACUACCAUAUUGCAAAGAUCAGUGGAGGAAGAAUCUGUCUGUAAACGUGUCUGCCACAGGAACCUGUAAGAUUGAACAGAAGGCUGGGACUGCAGUUGACUUGUACUGUGAUGUUGACUUAUUCAGCUCAAUUUCCUGGUAUCAUAAAUUCCAUGGUAAAUGGGUUCCGAUUGUUAUGGAAAAUAAUUCUGAAUGGGAGCAAACUGUCUAUCUGAGUAAGAGGAACAAACAUUUGACACUUCUCAGGACAUACAUUGAUGAAGAAAAUGAUGGAGAUUAUGGCAUGUUCACCUACAACAAAAAUUCUAAUGGAACAUACAAGUGCAUAGCACAUCUUGAUUCUGAUUUGCCUAAAACACUAUACAUUCAAUUGGAUCUUUAUGAUUGUGCCAAAAGGAAAAAUGUGCUCAUUCAUCUAACUAUGAAAGAAGAGCGAACAGAUCUGGGUGAGACUGUAAAAAGUUCUUGUGUGGCAGACUAUGGUUGUCAGAGUGCCGGACCUUACUCCGCUGACUGGUAUCUGAGGCGAGGGUCUAACUAUAUGAAAAUAGCAGAUCUGCAGGGGACGAGGUACAAUGUGAAAACAACUACCAGAAAUGCAGGACGACUUAUUGUGACUAAUUUGACCAUUCAUGAUGUACAAAAAGAAGAUUUUGGUGAUCAUUUUGUGUGUAUUGUGAUGAAUUCAACUGUCACCAAUGUUACUCGUCAUCUACAUAUAAAAAGAGUUGAUGUAGUGGAGAAACGGCUACCAUUUCCAAUAAUUCAGGCAAUGAUUGUUCUGUGUGUUGUUUUCAUCAUUGUAAUCCUUGUUUAUGUGUUCUCGGUAACAUGGAAACAUAAAAACAUUGGACUCUACAUAAAAUCUCGUUAUUUUGAUACUCGGCAGCAAAACAAUAACAGAAUAUUCAUACUCCUGGAUGAUGAAGAAGAAGGAAGUUUUGAGGAUCGAGACCUUGCCGAGGAUAUUAUAAGAGAGUUUGAAAAAUCUUAUAAAGUUGAUACAUCAUAUACCCUCAGCAAGCCAGGGCAUCCUACAUUGGAAAGUCAGAAUCCGUUUGAAGGUUCAAGUACCCAUUUCAUCAUUCUUCCUGAUUUAUCGGAUGAAAAACGGUUCAAAGAAAUCGACCAGUGUGUACACCGUUUGUUAAACAAUAAAGAGAUAUCCCCACGAUAUCUUACUGUCAUCGACAGAAGAAAAGAGGAAAUGAAUUCAGUGCCACCUGAACUGAAAAAUGCAUUUUUGUUUUCAAAAUUAUUGGCACAUGUAAAAAGACCUGAAAAACAAGAUACAGAAAAGCAGAAAAGUGUAUUUUUUAGUAAGUUGAAAAAGAGAACAUCACCACUACCGAAGGAGAAGAAAUAUGAAGAAGAUCAUGCACAUUUUACAUGUCAGGUGUGUUGUUGUAGUAGAGAUAAAUGUCACCAAAUUUACUCACAAGACAAUGUCAACCUGGUUAAUAAUGAACACCUCAAUUUACCAUAAGGUAAACGUAUGAUGUUUAAUUUUCAUAAAUUCUAUGUAGAACUAACUAGAUCGAUUUACUAAUGAUUGCUUUCUAACACGUUUGCAUUGUUAUAAGCCGAACAGAAUGAAAUAUUUGUGUCAAUUAUAAAAACACCAGAAAAUAAUCCUAAUGAAGUAAUGUAACCCAAGCAGCAAUUUUACUGAACAGCAUACACUAUUGAGUAUUUUCUCAAUACUCUGCGUGAAAUCUACGAUCCUAUGACCUUUCUGUUCUGAAUCUCCCAGUGCGCUAUAUUUGGAAAGUUCCAACACAUUUUGCCUGUCCAAACUGACCACAAGAGAGAUAUUUUGA